CUCUCUCUCUCUCUCUCUCUCACACACACACACACACACACACACACACAUAUACGGAGAAGCGUAACCGAGAGAGAAGAAAUAGUCUUUGUUUCCAUCCCGACGCCGACAGCCUCCCGGUAGGCUCAUGGAGAGCAGAGCCCCGCUUGUCCGCACCGGGGGCAGGUUGAUCGGAUGUCUUUCACCAGAGCAGCGCCGUUAGAUGAUUUCCAUUCAGGAUUAACUGGUUGACCAAUGGCUCCCAAACAUGCGCUCCUCUCCAGCAGCGGCAGCGGCCCCGGGGAUGGAGGGAUAAACAAAGAAGCCCCCCGCUCUUUCUCCCCGACGGCAUGGACCCUGGAUGCCGGGAUGGUGGCCGUGUGCUCGCCGAGAAACGAGAAGAGGAAGCGGGCGCUGGAUGGGAUGCUGGCUCGGUGUUUUCUGACCAUCGGCGCGGUGCUGAUGCUGAUGAUGCAGGGCUCCGUAGCCGCCGAGGCUGAGGGAGGUCAUUAUGAGUCAACGAGGCGAGCUGCCUUGCCUCUGGACCCUGUGGUGCCCUCCAACCUCACAGCCACCCCUUGGACUGGAGGCAGAGCUGGGGCUGAGGACAAAGCCUUGGCCCGUCCAUGGGCGAGGGACGAGACCGACGCCGGGCCUGGAGUUGGAACCGGCACUUGGCCUGAGGGCAAAGUGUUUGCCGAGGCCAGAACAUCAGUUUGGGCUGAAACCGAAGCUGGAGUUGACACCGGAAGCAGGGGCAAAGUCUUUGCCGAGACUGGGAUUGUGACUGGAACUGGCGCCUGGGCUGAAGUUGGGGCUGAAUGGCGGCCAGUGGACACAGAAGGGGUCGACUUGCCAAGCAUGCCCAGGGACCCGGCUGUGUGGCUGGGGCAGCAGAGGCUCCAGGCGCAGGGAAAGGGCCAAAGAGAGCAGGCAGCUUUCUCUUCAGUGCUGACUAUGCUGGCAGAAACAGCAGAGCUGCAGGCACCAGCAGCGGCAAAACCUGUAGGACUGCUGUCUAAAGCUGCCUGGACCAAAAGCUCCUCUUCAUCAUCGUCCAGGGCUGCUUCCCCCUCCUCCUCUUCCUCCUAUUCAUCCUCCUCCUCUAUGCCAAAACCGCCCUCUUUACCCUCCUCCUCCUCUCCAGCCAUUAACAGAGACAGUCAGAUAACAGGAUCAGAUGCCGUCUCUGUGGCUGGUGUUAGCAGCAACUCUUCCAGCAGCAACAGCAGCUCCAGCUCCGAGGAGUCAGUUAGCAGCCUGCCAGCUUGGGAUCUGCCCACUGUCCCAGCAUCUCUUCUGUCCACGGUGGGUGACCAUGACGUCACGCUCCCCGCCAACGUUACCAGCCCUUUCUCCACCCACCAGUGGAACACCACCGUGCCCGCGCGCACCGGAAACACCUCAAGGCACAUGCCAACGUCAACACCUGCCGCACACACGUCUCUGUUGCCCACCACCACCACCACCACCACCACCACCUCAACACAAACUCUACCUUUAUCCACCACAUCGAGAGCACACACACCACCUGGAUCCACCACGGCGUCACACACCCACACCACCAGCCAGGACACUGUGACCAAUGACAGCCUUCAGCUGACAACAGUAACCACAACAACGCCCUCAACGACCACUCAGACUGUGACCGCCUCUGAGAUGACAGUGCAGGCGGCGGCCACCAGGGGCACCGUAACAGUACCACCAACCACCACUGCUAUCGCAACCACACAACAAACUACAAGCCUCAAACUGACGACUGUGGCGACCACUCAGCCUGCAACCACCAGUACUACCACAACCACUACUACUACGACAACUGUUCCUCCGACUACCACCACUACAACCCCUCCUACCACCACUACAACAACCACACCUGCAACCACCACCACCAGCACCACAACAGAGGCACCCACCACCACUUUGUUCAUCCCAGUGCAAACUACAUUGCCGCCAACUACGACCACAGAGCCUCCAUCCAGUACCAGCGCAGAGGAGAGUCCACUACCUUGCAAUAUCACCGAGAAGUACUGGGUCAGAACAGUUCUGUCGAUCCAGUUGCGUAGGAACCGCCUGGACCUGAUACUGAAACAGAAUCUGUCUAAAGGACUGAGCCACGCCCUGCAGAGAGCCCUCAACGACACCAGCGCCUACGCACAGGUGGAGCGCGACGAGUGCAGCCCUCACAACGUGACGCUGGCCUACUAUGUGACUAGCGGUAAAAUGGUCUACAUCUCCUCGGUGGUGGUCGAGGCCCUGAACGUCUAUGGCUUUGACAAGCUGCUGUCGGACAUCAGGCAGCACACCCCGCUGGUCAAGGCCGUGCUGGUUCCUGUGGCAACGUGGACACCCACCCCCAGCAUUCACCUGCAGCUCAAGACAGUGUUGAGGUUCGUCGGCCCGACAGACAACAUCUACUCCUGCAGUUUUGCCCAGAUGUUGGAGCAGAGGCUGGAGAAUGCCUUUGACGAGGCUCAGGACAAAGUACUGGAGACCUACGACAGGCUAACCGUUGAGAUCCAGAGUGUGUCCCAGGAGCCUGGUUCUCCGUCGGUGUCCCUGGUGUACGUGGUGAAGAACCAGAAUGUGGUUCUGAACGGGACCAUCUCCAGCGGCCUCCUCAACCAGCUGACCGCCGAGCUGGUGGGAUACUUCCUCUUCUACCCACCGCUGCUCAUCGCUGAGCCCCUAGAAUACCACAAUCUUAAUACGUCGAUGGCAACCAAAAACUACUGGGUCAUAACAGUGAUCCAGGACGUGGACAGCACCUCCCUGGAGGCCAACUACCAGAGCUUUGCCAGCCUGAUGGAGCAGCGGCUGGCCGAGCUCUUCCUGGUGGCUGGGAGGCAGGGCUCUCGCACGGCACGAUCCCGCAGAGCCAGCACAGUGGGGGGCUACACUGUGCAGAUGGUGAGCAUGCGUCGACUCCCCGGUCCCAAGAACCCAGCAGAGAUGACCUACUACGCCCAGCUGAACGGAGCGCCCAUCAGCGGCACCACCGCGGCCAAGACCCUCAGCACCCUGGACUCACAAACCAUGGCUCUGACCCUGGGCUACUUUGUCCAAGUGCAGGCAGAACCUGUUGUAAAGACGCCGCCCAGCAACCUGUGGAUCAUGGCAAUUCUGACUCCCGUCUUCCUGCUGAUGGUGGUGAUCGGCAUGGUGGCCUUCAUUCUGUGCAAGAGGAACAGGGUCAUCUUCAAAACCAGCGCCUUCAGGUCCUUCAAAACGCGCUCCAAGCCUGUCCAGGGCUUUGACUACGCCAAGCAGCACAUGGGCCGGACGGGCGACGAGGCCAUCUCCGUUACCAAGGAGACGCUGGUGCUUGGCCUGCCAGUACGCGACGCUCCGUUGUCAUUGGAUAGAAAAGUUCACCAGGACGGGACGGCGAGUAAGAGGCCUCCAUCUGCCGACAUACACAAAGGAGGGCGGUUGCCAAGCGAGGAGGACGGCUCGGUGUCGAGUAACGGCUCGGGGAAGCUGAACACCGGCAAGACCUCCUCGACUCGGAGGACGGUGGCGAGCAGCGGGAACAAGAGUGGCAAAGAGGAGCUGCACAAGAGGAGCAACAACGACCCAUAUGAAGAUCACUCAGGCUCUCUGCGUCUGAUAACCAUCAAGCCAAUGACAGCUCAGCCCACCUACUCCUACCCCUCCUCCUCCUCCCACAGCCAAGACUCUGUGGUUCUCAAUGGAGACGCAAAUCACGGAGGGCUGAAGCAGAAGUCGGAUAUCGAGCACUACAGGAACAAGCUGCGGCAGAAGGCCAGGAGGAAGGGCUACGGGGAGUUCUCGCUGUCUGAGACCGGCAGCCACGGUUACAGUCACCGCGACCCAAGGCACGGUCGGCACGACAACGGGGGCAAAGAGCCAAUGACGGCUGAGGAGAAGAGGGCUUCAUUCGCGGGAUGUCAUAAGAGGUACUCCCACCCCAGGGAGCCCACCUACUGGAGCCGCCAGUCUCUCAGCAGCCCCAGCCCCGUGGAGACGGAGAUGGACCUGCUGGUGCUGAGGGAGAGAUCCAGGAGGGGCAUCCGCAACAACGGCUACGAUGGAGAACCAGAACCGUUUGAGGAGACCAACGUGGAUCGUCUGAUGAGCUCCCUGGGCUACGGUGGUGGAUCCACCGGUACCGGGAACGGCAGUCUGGGGGUGAAAGCUCACCGCGGCUCCGACUCCUCCACACUCAGCUCUCAGCCCUCCAUUGACGAGGUCCGCACGCAGAUGCACAUGUUGCUAGGCAACGCCUUCAGCCUGGCACCUCCGGAUCACGACCCCCCCUCCCCUCCGACCAACAGCCGCCACCACCACCACCACCAUGCCCACAGCGCCUAUAACCCGUCCCACACGAGCCCCUACAGCGAGGGGGUCACCAGCGCCCCGGGCACCAUGAACCACCCCUGUGGAGGCAGGCAAAGAAGCACCGCCGGCUACGGGGACGUGCACCAGUGCAGCCUGCCCAAGCCGGGUUUCAGGUUCACCCAGCUCCCUGAUAUGGGCAUCGGGUCUCCACCCCCUCUGAUUCCCUCACGACCAGGGCCACCGCCUGGAACCUCGCUACGACGCUCCACCCCCGAUGUGAGUCUGAAGCCUCGAGUCUCAGAGGCCUCGGAGCUGCAGGGCCAGCAGCACAACGGCGCCCCCUACCUGCCGCUGUCCAGAGCCCCCUUCCCUGCCGUCACUGUUGACCAGUCCAUCACCACCUACUCAGGAAACCCAAUGACAGCAGUCUACGCCAUAUCAGCCAAUCGCCCGGGGUACUCAGACUACUUUGUCAUGUCACCGCCGUCCUCGUACCGCAGCCCCUCCUGGAUGUCCUACCCCCCUGAGCCUGAAGACCUCCCACGGCAGUGGAAUGACACACCGAAUUCACGUCAUCUUGAAACCAUCUGCUGAAGUCAGUCUGUGUCUGACACCGAGCAGGAACAGCAGAUAGCUCGGUGUCCUUUAGGUUGAGCAGAGGACCUCGGUCUCACUGAAAACUCUCUGGAGCUUCAUCGCCCCACCUUACCUUUCCCAGCCUCCCUCCUUCAUUUCUGUUGAAUUUCACCGUGCCCCCUUUUUCCUCAAUUGGCCCGGCCGUGACAGCAGCCAUCUUCUGUUGUCCCACCUCACCUCAAAUCCCGUCCUCAUGCCUGACCCCACCCGAAACCCCCUUUUACCUCCGUAAGCCCUCGCUGUUCCUCGUCGAAGCUCCUCCUCAUUCUUCUUGACAAUGCAAACGCUCAGCCAUAACUGACUCUCUCUCUCUCUCUCUCUCUCUCUCUCUCUCUCUUUCUCUUCCUCUCUCUCUCUGUCUCUAACUCUCUCUCUCUCUCUCUUUCUUCUCUCUGCUCCCUGAGCCCCUGGCCUCAUCGGCCCUUACUGGCCCCACAGGCCCCUCCUUCUACUCUCUGUAUGUAGACUGCCUCUCGUAUGGUGACCCCGAGGCACCACCACAUGACAACAAAACAACAACAAGCCCGUCACACUGCUGAACUAAACUGAACUGAGCUGUACUGUGCUGCCUUGUGCUGGAGAGGGGAGCGUUGUGAUCGAACGGGGCAAGUGCAGUCCAGUCACAUGUAAGUGCUACAGCGAGAAAAGGGCAGCCCGUCACCUACUUGGGGCCCCAGGCAUCAUCGUACAGUAAAACUGCCAUCCGCCCAGCAGACGAUGGCAGUCAGCGCUGCAUUAUCGUAUUAUGGUAGUGCCCCAGCCAUGGCCAGUAGUCUAUUCCUUGUUUGAACUGGAUUGGACUGGAUCGUACUGGACUCGUCCGCUCGGUCCACCACAAGGCCCGGCGAAGCUGGACUGACUUAAAACUGUGCUUUUUUGAUGAAUCCAAAUUCCUAUUUAAAACUUCUACAGCUGGUUAAUAUGUGUAUUUUAAAACUUCGGUAAAAAAGAAAAAUGAAAAAAAAAAAAGAUUAGAAAAGAAAAGAACAAAAAAAGCUAAAUCUCUUGUCUUGAGCUGUCUCAAUUUCAGUUUUUGGAUAUUUGUGUGCUUUGUCUUUUACUUUUGUGCAUUGAUUAUUUUCAAUGGGUUACUGUACAAAAAAUGACGUAGUGAGUGCUUCUCCUUCACUCACCUUAUUUCAAGGCAAAAAAAAAAAAAUUGUAAAAGCAGAGAAAUCGGCGGCUUUGAUGUGCGUUGUUAUGACGACGAUGGCAUUUCUGUACUUUUAAAAAGAAAUUACUUGUUUACCUUUUUCCUUCAUCAGAUUCAGCAAUGAAAAAGAAUUAGUCACUAUGUUCUGUCAAUCAUCUAAUUAUGGAAGUUUUUGUCUGCUGAUUGUUGUACAGACCUGGGUCAAAAACACAGUCUGAAAUCCUUUUCCAACACACCUGUGUGAUCGAGGAACCUUGCCUUGCAGCCUUGGAGUCGACGUCAUCGCUUGGCGCUCCUUACAGGCAAUAACAAAUGUUGAGAGGUGUAGCACACUCAGUAAAACAAUGGCACCAGCGCUGCCAGAGAUGCACUUGAUCCCCGACAAAAAAAAAAGUAUGACCUCACAGUGAUUUAUGGCGCCGUGGAUAACAGCUCCCACCAGUGAAUAAUCCAUGUUAUUAUGAGUGAUUUCAUUUGUGGUUUCAACUCAGGUCUGUUAUGACGACGUGAAUCACACCAGUAUUCUUAAAAAAUUGUUCUUUUACUUGAAAGGUGUCUACUGUACUAUUCUAUUGUAUAAGGGGAUUUGACUUUUGGUUAAUUUUGGACAUGAGGAGGCCGACUGGUUGAGUUUUUUCGGUGGCUGGACUAUGGUGUAGUACUGUUUCGAGAGAAUUGCCAGGCCGGGAUGGGCCGUCUGUUUAAGAUGUAUUACUGUAUAUAGCAGAUGAUCUAUUGAAGAGAAUUAUGCAAGUAUUGUGGGAGGGACGCUUUGCUCUGUAUUGUUCUGAUACCAUAUUUUUCCUUCUUUUAGUUAUGUUUGUCUCACAACAACUGAGCUGUUUUUGAAUUCCCAUAUUUUCAGAAGGGUGCCGGCAUUUCGAUAUCAUGUCACGCGCAACAUAUUCUCCCACAAGCAUUGUAUUACCAACACAGCACAUGAUAUAUUACAGAGAAGAUACAACAGACGGUGAAUUUUGGUGCCACGUGCACCAAGAAGGAACUUGUCGUUUGGCAGAUCUUGCCCUGCGUUUACAUGUUUGAACAAAUAGCCAUAAUAGCCACCAGAGUGCAAUGUUUUAAUACAGAGAAUGUCACAAAGUCCAAAUUAUAUUUAGCCUCAGUUUCGAGAGGAGAACUGAAAAACCUAUAAGCACACUGUAUAUUCAAUGCUCCUCAUCAUUUCGAUGGUACAAAAGGAGAUUAUAGCCAUAUAUGAACUUCACCAAGUGGGACUAAAACAGCUAAAGAUAUACAGUGUUACCAAGCAUUAAGACAAGACAUUCCUCGUGGAAAGUCAAAUCUGACAAAGUAUACCAAAUAAUAUAUAGAGUAUAUUAGAUGUUAAAUAGCUGAUGUAAGGCAGGGAUUGAGAAAGAGCUUAUGUAGAGAUGCAGUAGUGUAAUGUAGAGAUGGGAUAUAAAUUACUAUAAUAUGAAAUUAGCACUUUGAUAAACAUCCUAAACCUUAGCAGAAAGGUGCAGAAUCAAUGCAAGAGUGCUGUUAUAUAGCAUGCAAUACUCAGAUUCAAUAUAUCUAGGAAAAUGCCGACCUUUAAGUCCACAACCGCAGUCGUAUGAUCAGCGAGCGAGGCGUCAUGUAGCCUGUGGUUACCUAAAGUCUGAAGUCCUUUUGAAGUAAACUUCUUCUUGUCUUCUUAUUUUUCUACUAAAUUAUGAAUUUUGGAGCUCUAGAUUUUAUGACUCAAAUUCCAAAAAAAAAAGAAGGAAACGUCAAAGUGUAGAAAACAAAUAUACCUGAAUAUUAAAGACUACUCUGAAUCUGUCAAAGGAAGCUUGUCUUUAGUAAACAACAGCUUUCAUCUUUUAGCUCAGGCGGUUGUUUAAGAUUCCUCCCCCUUUCCAAAUGUAGGCCCGCGCAUAAUAAAUAUUAGAUGUGGAUAAUUUAGGGAAAAGAAAGCGAAGGUGUGAUUUGACAGCGCUCGAGCAUUAUGAGCACAAGCAGUGCUAUCGGUGCUUUGAAUCAUCAUCAUCAUCGUCAUCAUCAUCAUCACCACCACCGUGCAGCAACCAUCACAUGUGAAAUCAUAUGUACUCCUUCGUUUAUGGUUUAGGGAGAAAAACGCCACUAUCCAUGUUUUUUAAUUAACCUUUAUUUGAAUCCACAGCGAAGAAGGGGGGUGGGUUGGUUGAUUUUUAAGCAGUUACAUUACAAGAAGUAUUAAAAAGAGUUGACGCAUUAUAUAAGUUGAUGUGCAAAUGUGUGUGCUUUAAACGGGUCAGCGGCGAGACGCGUUGGUUUGGAGACGGACUCUGGGAUGGACUGUCGGUGUUUUCUUCUUCUGCCGUUUGAGCCGCGCCGUGACUCACCGUGCUGUGACGUCACGGCGGCGUCGAUGAUGUCACUCUGUCGUCACCCUGGCGUCCACGAGGCCGAGGUGACGAUAACGAUGAAUGCUGUUGGUUGUUGUUAUGCAGAAAACUUUUUGGUGAAUUCAAACAAUAAAGAAAAAUUACAAUCCA